CAAGUUGGUGCUAAAAGGUCUGCAGCAUUUCGCACCAAAGGCUUUUAUGGCAAUGGUAGAAGAUUCGGAGAAGAAGACUAAACCAAUCAUGAUUGCAGCUCGGGAAAGAGGACCUGGGCCAGGCAGGUAUAAAUUACCUCCAUGUUGUGGUCACGAGACACAUGAUAUGACUAAACAAGCCAUGCCUGCAUAUUCAUUCGGAAAAAGGCUUAGCAACUCAAUGUUUAGAAAAGAAACCAGCCCUGGACCAAUCUAUUUUAUUGACCCAAUGCUCUCUCGCUAUGGUCGUGAUGGUAAUCCUUCUUAUUCUAUCUUAGGGAGACAAAAGGAUCUGAAUGCAUUCAAGACUCCUUCUCCUGGUGCAUACUCUCCUGAAAAAGUACACCCACAAGGGGAAAAACAUGCCCCCAUUUAUUCAAUGGGAAGGCGAACAGCAUAUAGGAAGAGGGAUAGCACUCCAUCACCCAGUUCUUACACUCUUCCAUGUCUUUUGGGCCACAAGAUACCAAACAAGCCGGCCAGUGCAUCUUAUUCAAUGGCGUCUCGUCCCAUUACUGGAAGUUUCUCAGAAGAUCUGGCAAAGACACCAGGGCCUGGUUGCUACAAUGCCAUACCACCAAACAUAUAUACACCUAGGGCUCCUGGAUAUUCAAUGCUUGGAAGGAGCUACAUGCCAGGAGAUGCCACAAUGAAGCCUGGUCCAGGCGCUUAUAGCCCUGAAAGAGUUUACCUGAACAAGACCCAAGCACCAAGGUUCUCUAUGGGAAUCAGGCACUCAGAGUUCAUUACUCCGCUCAUAUUGGAGGUCCGUUGAUAAUAAAGAAGGAUAAAACAAACCAUUAACUAUAAUGAUUUGUCUCUAA